UAGACAACACAGCUGGUGCCUGCAGACAGGGAAAGACAUAGCUGCUUGCAACAAUAAUAGCUACAUCCAAACUUUGGACUACUGCUGGACAAGCAUUUUUUUCUCUGCAUUUUCCCUCACAAAGCUGGCGAAAAAGUAAGUGAUCUGCUGCCUUUAAAAUCAAGUGUAAAUGUGCUGAAGGAUUUAGGGGAUUAGUGCAAAUUAGAGUGACAGUAGAGAGUAUGGCAGUCGCUAAUCCGCGCCUCCAGACAGAGUGGGAUGAAUGGAAGAAUGAGAUGGAGGAUGAUGGAGAGGAUGAAGAAGAAGAGGAUGUGGUAGAUUGGGCAGAAGAGGAAAUAAGUGAAGAUGAGGAAGACAUUGAUGUAGAUGAUGAGACGAAGGGAGCAGAAGGGAUGGAAUAUGAAGGAGAGAUAUGGACACAGGAAGUCGCUGAGGAACAAGAGGAAGUGGAUAAGGACGAGGGGAUGGUGACCAAAGAAGGAGAACAAGAAGAAGAGAAGGUGGAUGACUUGGAAAAAGGGGUCAAGGAGAACUUGGAAGAUACUAAGGAGGAAAAGAGUGACACAAACAAAGCUUACAGGCCAAUAGAGGAAGACCUGGAAGAAGAAGGAGGUGUAGUAAACGGGGAGGCCAUUGGGAAUGAGGAAGUGGAGGUUGUGGAGGAGUUUGAGAGGGGACCGGAAGAAAAUGACAUGGAGAGGGUGGUUCAAGAGAAUGGGGAGGUGGAAGAAGAGGAGCUGACGGAAGCAAAAGAAGAAGGGGAAGAACAGGAAAGGGAAAGGGAGAGCUGGGGGGAGGUGGAGAAAGCUGAGAAAAGGGCAGAAGAAGGUGAAAACGAGCUAGAGGUCGGGGUGGAAGAGGAGGAAGGCAGGCUGUCGAAAGAAGAGGAGGACGAUGAACAAGAGGGGUAUCAAAUCAGACAACAUCAUCUGCUAGACCAAUUCCUAGAACAGAUAAGAGGAUUUGAAGGUCAAGAAGUACAGGUAAACCAAGAAGGUGCAAUGCAAGCUGCUAAUGUGGAGGAAAACUUCUCAGUUUCAGGGAUGUCUGAUUAUGCAGACUUCAUGGGAUUUGACGAGGAGUACUUUAGAUUUGAAAGUCCAGAGAGUGUGGACGAAGCUACCCUAUACAAGGAUCUAGAAGUUCCUCAAAGCAUCCCAGUAAAGUGGACUUCUAAAGAAAGCAAUGACAAAGAGGACUGUUGUGAGAAGCCGCAGAAUGAAACAGUCGCGGAAUCAAAGACCAUUCAAGAGGAAGACUUUCGAGAUGAUCAGGGGAAGGUUCAAGAAGAAGAGGACGAGUCUACAGAGGACGAAGAUGCAGAGAACUCAACAGAGGAAGAGCCAGACACCUACGACGAAGAGGCAGUGAAAAUUUACAGCAAAGAUGACUAUCUCAUGGAUGUUUUUGGCAUCUUGACAGAGUUCAAGGACUCCUCUCUGCUUACUGACCUUACUCUAAGCACAGAAGAUGGGACGAGCAUCCAGGUACACUCUCUGGUUCUUGCUGCUGUCAGCUCCCAUAUCCAUGAAAGACUGAGAAGCAUGGAAGACGAUAGACAUGAUGAAGGUAAAGACGAUCACUUAAGUGUUAGAGUCUCAGCUUGGUCCCUGCAUCUGGGUCCAGAGGUGGAUCGUGUUGGACUAGAAGCAGUGGUUGAAUUUGCCUACACUGGAAACAUAGACAUGCCAUAUUUCAGCGAGAGGACUUUGUGCAAGAUAAAGGCUGCAGCUGAAGCAAUGGGAACCCCAAGAGUGCUGGAUCUCUGCACAAAGAAAGAGGAGAUGUCCACAAAACCAAGACAUUUGAGGAAGGAUGAGAAGAUCUUGGCCGCUGAACAAAUGAGGAUCAGUCUACAGUGGAUGAAGCAGCUGUGGAUGGACAGAGUGGGCUGUGACGUAGUCCUGGAUGCAGUUGGAGGAUCACUUCAUGUCCACAGAGUCAUCCUGGCUGUGGGGAGUGACUACUUCCGCAGCAUGUUCACCUUAGGCAUGAGGGAGUCCAAUCAGCCCUGUGUGACCCUCCCCUUCCUGUUGGCUUCAGAGCUACAGAUUCUGAUUGGCUGCUCUUAUAGUGGGAAUCUACCCCUCAGCUGGAAGUCUGUCUUUGAGAUCACCAGCACUGCCCUCCAGCUUCAGUACCAACCUGCCCUCUCUUUGUGCCUUAGCUUUCUGCAACAAGAAAUAAAUCCACACUCUUGCCUGGAUGUAGCAUCUUUCGCUGAGGCUUACGAGAUGGCACAACUUCUCGAAGUUGCAGACGAUUACGUCUUGCGGCAAUUCCAAAAAGUGGCGUGCACCUCAAAGUUUAAGGACCUGCCAGCCAAACAUCUCUUCAAGUAUCUGAACAGCCACUCACUUUGCGUUCCAUCUGAGCUUGUUGUAUUCAAAGCAGUGGUGGCGUGGAUCGAAGCAAAGCCCAGGAGAAGGCUGAGGCUUGCUAAGGAACUAAUGAAAACCAUCCACUUUCCAUUGAUGACAUUUAAGGAAUUCAAAGAGGUUCAAUCUCUGACCAUGUGGUCUGAUCACAGACUGGCUGAACUCUUUGAGGCCAUUUUUGAGGAUUUUUGCUCGACUGAUGUCACAGCCCAGAGUCAGUGCCGCAUCUAUCUGCCAAAAGAAAGUCUGGUCGUGAUUGGAGGUGACCAAACCUCUGAGGACCUGGGUACGCGCAGCAUCAGCGGAGAGCUCUGGUUUGGGAAUUCACUCAGGAACCAUAUGGGAAUACGAAAGGCCACGGAGUGGCGUAAGUUGGGAGAGAUGCCAGAGUCAGGGAGGUUCAGACAUGAAGUGUGUGUGCUCAAUGGAAAACUGUAUGUGUUUGGAGGCAAGAAGUACUAUGGCAGAAAUGACACCCUGAGAUCUGUCUACAGGUAUGAUCCCCUUCAAGACACAUGGGAGAGUCUGGCUGACAUGCUGCAAAGGAGAUCUGCUUUCUCUGUGGUGGUGCUGGAUGGAAAGAUGCUAGCUAUUGGUGGGCAUUGUGACCCUGACCAUGAAGACAGUGUGGAACAGUACUGCCCCACUACAAACUCUUGGAGAUUCACCUGGCCUCUGGAUAUGUACCUGAGUGGGCAUGUCGCUAGGGUUUUAGGAGGUCAGAUCUACGUCUCAGGAGGGCUAAACAAUGACUACCAGUGCAUCUCAACCAUGUUUCUGUACCACCCAGACACAGGGAGCACUUACUUGGCGAACAUGUCUCAACCUCGGGCCUAUCAUUGCAUGGAAGUCUUGGGUGAAUGGCUUUACGUAGCCGGUGGACUCACCACAGACGAGAACAUGACUGCAAUUGACCAGCUAGCUUGUGAGGUGUACUGUCCAGCAUAUGACACGUGGACUGCCUUUACACCUCUGCCGGUGCCUCAUGUUGGAGCAGGAAGUGCAGUUUUGGAGGGGAGGUUUUACGUGCUGGGUGGAUACAGUCAGGAGGACUACAGUGACAUAAAGAUGGUUCAUCGUUUUGAUCCCAGCACACAAAGAUGGGAGAAUAUGGGCAAGAUGCCUGGACCCAACAAUGACUUACGGGCAUCUCUGCUGUGCUUACCACAACAUUUCCGGCAGUAGCACAUAGCAAUGUAUUUAUGGAGUCAUACUGUCACAAAACUUAAGGUUUUAGAGCACAACUUGUUGAUUUUGUGGUCAGAUUUUUGUCCGAAUUUCUGUCAUUAAAACCUGCAUUUGUGCUCAAAGCUGCCUCCUGGUGAUAAGAUUAUCUCUGUGCUCAAAAUGUCUGCUUUCAAAUACAGAGAUUAUUAAAGGUAUUCACCCCCUUGGAUGUGUUACCCUUUUAUUGAUUUUAUAAAUCAGUCAUGGUUAAUAUAAUUCGGCUUUGUUGACAGAAAAAAAAAACCUUUAAAGUGACUGACCUAAUUCAACAGAGCUACAGCCUAAAAGACUGAUGUAGACAUAAUACACAGUGAAAGAGAUGAUGUAAGAAGUUGUUUUUACUUUUAUUGUGUUUUUUACAUUACAGAAAAACACUAAAUUGUUUUUUUUUCCAAUUUCUCAAUAAAAGGCUGUUAAAAUUUGCCCCGAUGUUUGCAUGUCAUGCAGAUAAUAAAGGAUAUAAGCAAGA